AAUAAACAAAGCAAAAUGCAGGAAUUUAGUGCGAAACGCGAUGCACUCUUUGCCUGUCUCGAUGAUGCCAGCAAAGAGUUGAAGGGCACGGCGUUAGAUCAAAGUAAAUCGAAGCCGUACACAGUCGUCGCACUGGAGAAGGCCAAAAAUAGGAACCCGGUAAUGAAUUAUCGGCAGGGUCGCAGCAUCGAAGCUGGCAAUGAAGUCGAGGAUGGGAAGCUGCGCCGCAUGCGAGGCAAGGAGAGCAUUUUCAAGAAGCCAGAGCUACCUAUCGGGCGAUGUUUGAAGCCGCGUAAGACGCCAGACUAUCAAGUCAAUCCACACAAAUGGAAGAAAUAUUCACUCUCCGAUGUCGACAUAUCCGAUCAGACUAACGCAGCGGCCGCAUUGUCCUUUUUAAGGCAAAUGGAUGCACAGCGAGAUGCCGACUCAGAUGGCACUGACGACAUGGAUGAGACAGGCACACGAACAACGUCCAAGAUUGAGUUCAAAAAGACCAGCAAAUUGAAUCGCAAUCUCAAGCAGCUGAAGGAAAGCGAGGUGGAUGAUGUAGAGCUGGACAAGCCACAGCUGCGCGGCUCCAAGCUGGUGAUGCCCGAAUAUGUGAUUGGCCAGAAGUCCACCAAGAAGCCAAAGAAACAACACAGCUCAAGUCAACCAAAUCAACGUGCUGCUGGCAAACUACAGCUGUCCCAUUUAGAAGAACUGGAUGAAUAUGACGAAACUUAAAAGUGUUAAUAUAAACUAGAUAUAGUUAUACAAAAUAUAGUUUGUAUUUAUAAAAAAAUAA